AUGCGUUUUCAAUACGCUUUGAUUUCAUCUUUAACAAUUUUAAGUGUUUUCUGUGCACAAAACCAAAUAUACAGGCCAAUUAGCGAUCGUCAUAGGAUCUGCCUGGCGACGUUUGGUAAAAGAUUGGACAACGAGUUUUUGAAAGGAUACUGGUAUAAGAUUUACCACUUCCCAGAAUCUCCUAAUCCACCUCCUUCGAAUAAAACCAUUGAAAUCGAGUUUAGAAGACCAACAGAGGAAGAGUUGAGCGUUUAUAAGAAUUAUUUCAAUUUAACUGGCAUGCCAUACUCAUUCGAUGAAGAUAUGGUGUUGUACAGAGAGACGUAUAGUAGACUUUUCACGGGACUCCUGUUCGGAAAUAGAGAGGCAAAAAUAUUUCUUCAACAGCCAGGAACUUUCUACACGAGCCCGGAAGUAUAUGACAUAAAAGUGUUUAGGUAUAUAAAUGAGAACUAUAUUUUAUUUGAACGCUGCUUUACGUGGGGAGUCAAUAAAUGGUUGAUGUCGAAGUCAAGAGUUCCAUCUGAAGAGGAAGUUCAGCAAGUCAUAAAUAAUCAUAGCGAGCUGAAGGCGUUAAAAAGAAAGAAGAAAUGUGAAUGUAAAUGA